AGUAUUGCCCACACUUUUCGUCUGCCUUUAAAUAACGAGAAGCGAGUGAGUUUAUUUUUCUUACGUUGGGUCAGUCGUUCGGUCUUUUUGUUGUGCUGAAAUCGUAUAUGUGAACGUGUUGGAACGAAGAACGCGUAGAAACUUCAUGGCAUCAGUGACAGUUAAAUAAAACUAUCAAAAAUGUUACAGCGGAAACUAAUGGAACAUAAUUUAAUAAAAUUUAUUCUAAACUAGCUGUAGAAUAUGUAAAAAAGACUAAUGAAAAAAGGUGCCAAUAAAGUUUUUUUUUUGUUAAAAAAAGCAUAAGCACCCCAUAGUGCAAGAAAGUGUGCAAGAUAUAAAGGAAAGUAGACGGAGGAUGCCUUAGGGCUAGAGAGCAAAUAGGAGACUUAAAAAUCCUACUUUAGAUUUUUGCUGUAAAAGUUGGGAAGAAAAAUUUGCCGCUGUCUUCAGACUACAACAGCAGAAAAUCACUGUGAAUUCCUCAAUCCAAAAUAGCUGAGAGUUUUUAGUAUUUGGAGUGGCAGUCGCGAAUCUACGAACAAGCCACGCGUGAUCAUCAGCAUUUCUAAAUUGAGAAAAAAACUAUUUAGAAGCGGGAAAUUAAGUAUCGGACCUUUCACAAUCACAAGGGUCGCAUUUGUAUAAGAAGCUAAAGUAGCUGUGGUGUAGUGCGCAAAAUGUAUCCUGCUCCGGUGCGUCAUCCCUCAGCGGGUGGGCCACCACCUCAGGGACCAUUAAAAUUUACUAUCGUUGACACUCUGGAACGCAUUAAGGAAGAAUUUAACUUUUUGCAAGCACAAUAUCAUACACUUAAGCUGGAGUGCGAAAAGCUUGCCAAUGAAAAAACGGAAAUGCAACGGCACUAUGUUAUGUACUACGAGAUGUCGUAUGGACUCAACGUGGAAAUGCACAAACAGACGGAAAUCGCCAAGCGUUUGAAUACUUUAAUAAAUCAGCUGCUACCAUUUCUUCAAGCCGAUCACCAGCAGCAGGUCUUAAACGCUGUGGAGCGCGCGAAACAAGUUACAAUGCAAGAAUUAAAUCUGAUCAUCGGGCAUCAGCAUCAGGGAAUUCAACAGCUUCUACAAAUACACGCACAACAAGUACCCGGGGGACCACCACAACCGAUGGCUGGUUUAGCGCCACUUGCUGGCCCGUUCGGUGCUUUGGGCGCUUCAAUGGGCUUACCACAUGCGCCACAACUGCUAAAAGCGCCUACUGAUCAUCAUCGGCCCGAUAUAAAACCAACUGGACUAGACGGGCCAGCUGGCGCUGAAGAGCGUUUGCGCAACUCCGUUUCCCCAGCUGAUCGGGAAAAAUAUCGCACACGUUCACCAUUGGACAUCGAAAACGAUGUGAAGCGUCGAAAAGAUGAGAAACUAGACGAUGAAGGAGAUAAAAGCGAUCAAGAUUUAGUCGUAGAUGUUGCAAAUGAAAUGGAAUCACAUUCACCACGCCCGAAUGGUGAACACAUGUCGAUGGAAGGGCGUGAUCGUGAGAGUCUGAACGGUGAACGUCUCGAUAAACCUGGCAGCAGCGGUGUUAAACCACCAUCUGAACGACCACCAUCGCGUUCCGGGUCCAGUUCAUCGCGUUCAACUCCCAGCCUAAAAACUAAAGAUAUGGACAAGCCAGGCACACCGGGCGCCAAGGCACGCACUCCCACCCCAAAUGCUGCCGCACCAGCACCAGGUGUGAAUCCCAAACAACUGAUGCCACAAGGUGGCCCACCGCCAGCCGGUUACCCAGCCUCAGCGUAUCAACGACCGGCUGACCCCUAUCAGAGGCCACCAUCCGAUCCGGCAUAUGGUAGACCCCCACCACUACCCUACGAUCCGCACGCGCAUGUACGAACAAAUGGCAUUCCACAUCCCCAAGCGUUAACUGGUGGAAAGCCCGCUUAUUCGUUCCACAUGAACGGCGAAGGUAGCUUACAACCGGUGCCGUUCCCUGCAGAUGCACUCAUUGGCGUCGGUAUACCACGGCAUGCCCGACAAAUUAACACACUAUCACAUGGUGAAGUUGUUUGUGCUGUUACCAUUUCGAAUCCUACGAAAUAUGUCUAUACUGGCGGCAAGGGUUGUGUCAAAGUAUGGGAUAUCUCACAGCCGAACAAUAAAAAUCCAGUCAGUCAAUUGGACUGUCUGCAACGUGACAACUAUAUUCGCUCCGUAAAAUUACUGCCAGACGGUCGCACGUUAAUUGUUGGUGGCGAGGCGUCUAAUCUCUCCAUAUGGGAUUUAGCCAGUCCGACGCCACGGAUUAAAGCCGAACUGACAUCGGCAGCGCCGGCUUGCUAUGCGCUUGCUAUUAGUCCUGAUUCGAAAGUAUGCUUCUCCUGUUGUAGCGAUGGUAAUAUCGCUGUGUGGGAUCUGCAUAAUGAGAUAUUGGUGCGCCAAUUCCAAGGGCAUACUGACGGCGCCUCAUGCAUCGACAUCAGUCCGGAUGGCUCGCGACUUUGGACAGGCGGUUUGGAUAAUACAGUCCGUUCAUGGGAUUUACGUGAAGGCCGCCAAUUGCAGCAACAUGAUUUUAGUUCUCAAAUAUUCUCACUGGGCUAUUGUCCGACAGGUGAAUGGCUCGCUGUGGGCAUGGAGAACUCGCAUGUUGAAGUAUUGCACGCAUCCAAGCCAGAUAAAUAUCAACUCCAUCUACACGAAAGCUGCGUGCUCUCGUUACGUUUUGCCACCUGCGGCAAAUGGUUCGUUUCUACUGGCAAAGAUAAUCUAUUGAAUGCUUGGAGAACACCUUACGGUGCUAGCAUAUUCCAAUCGAAAGAAACUUCAUCUGUACUUAGUUGCGACAUAUCAACUGACGACAAAUACAUUGUUACGGGUUCCGGUGACAAAAAAGCAACGGUUUACGAAGUUAUUUACUAAAUAAAUUUACUUCUGUCUAAAUUUGCUAAAACCAGAGGAAGUAGAAAGAUAUAACCUUUUCUUAUGUGCAAAAAAUUUAUAUACCCAUAUAAAAGCUGCAAUCAUACACUCAUACAAACAUUUGCAAACAUAUAUAUUAAGCGAAAAUCAUAGUUGCAAAAAAUAUGUAAAAUGUGUGGGAAGUACACAAAUCCGAAUGUCUUGUUGAGGAGGCGAAGAAUAUAUACAUAUAUACAUAAUAUAUAUAUAUAUAUAGGAUGCUUUGUUUCUUGGCUUUAAUCACACCCAUGAAAAACCAGGAAAAAGUCAAAAGUAAAUUUAUGAAAAAAAACGAAGAUAAUAGAAACACAAAUAGGUUGAAAAUGAAUGUUAAUAGAUAUUCACGCAAGCAAACGGAGGGACAAACAUGAUAAAAUGAGUAAAGGAUAUAAAACAAACAACCUGUGGCAAAGUAAAAGGAGACGAAAUAAAAAUUAUAUUUGAAAAUAUAAUAUAAAUAUAAAUAAUAUAAACAAAUUGUAGCUUAUAAAGUAAUAUUAAGUAAAGUUAAAGAGACAAGAAACAAAAUAUAAAAAUAACGAAAAAGUAAGCAUAAUAAGUAAGCGCGCGCAACAGGAGCAAAAUAAAAAUUUAUUAAAAUAUAAUCAACGGAAAAUGUAUAAAAUAAAUGAGUGUCUGCAAAAUAUGUGCAACACAUAAAA